GUGUUCCUCCUGGCUAGUCUCAUUCACUUCACUGGUAUCACCUUCUACGCCAUUUAUGCUUCCGGAGAACUGCAAGAAUGGGCAGAACCCAAACCCGAGGAAGAAGCAUGGAACGUGACAGCGCUCAACCAAAGAAGUAGCAACGCUGGUUAUGGAACUGCAAAGAAUGAAAUGCCAAUCAGCUUAGCGCCAUUGCCAACGGCAGAUCAGUUACAUAAA